AUAUAGUCUGUGCGCAAUGCUUGUUGUCUUGUCUGCUUGCUUGUGUCUUUAUUUAGAUCGAUGGUACAAUGGUGAUUGCUGUGUGAUAUCCUUGUGAUUGAUUUCUAGUGUUCUCAGCAAUUGCAUUGUAUUUAUAUUGAUAAACUAUCAAAUAAAUUAAAAGACAAAAUGGGUAACGAAAACUCAAUCCCUAUGGAACUCUGUUCAAACUCGCGUGUUAACUGCAUUGAUUUUAAGGUGGAGAACUUCGACGCGGACGAGAUCCGCCGCCUGGGCAAACGAUUCCGCAAGCUGGACCUGGACAACUCCGGCGCGCUGUCCAUCGACGAGUUCAUGUCCUUGCCCGAGCUCCAGCAGAACCCGCUCGUCCAGCGCGUCAUCGAUAUAUUCGAUGCUGAUGGCAAUGGAGAGGUGGACUUCAAGGAAUUCAUUCAGGGCGUGUCGCAGUUCAGCGUGAAGGGCGACAAGUUGUCCAAACUGCGGUUCGCGUUUCGCAUCUACGACAUGGACAAUGACGGUUUCAUCUCCAACGGGGAGCUCUUCCAGGUUCUUAAAAUGAUGGUGGGUAACAACUUAAAAGACACACAGCUUCAACAGAUCGUGGAUAAGACGAUCUUGUUUGCGGACAAAGACGAGGACGGCAAGAUAUCCUUCGAGGAGUUCUGCAAUGUGGUUGGCAACACUGACAUCCACAAAAAGAUGGUGGUGGACGUGUAGAGCGCCCUCUCUCUCCCCCGCCGUCUCUUUCGCUCUAGCUAGAACACUAUUCAAAUUGUGUCGGUUAUCCGUCGGGCGCUCAGCUUUUAUUUGAUUCGGUUGGAUGCGGUUGUAUAGAGAUCGACUAUUGGAUGGCGUGUUCAAUAUUGUGGAUGAUAGACGAAGGCGAUAGAAGUAGGUAUGUGUUUACAUUCCCGUUACAGUUUUCUUAUAAGAAAUCGAUAUCAAACCAUUUUGACACUUACGCCUUUAAUCGUAAUCUCUAUUAUUUUAGUAAACUUCUAUUCGUUUUGUUGAAAAAAAAAGCUAAAAGUAGUACUUAAUUUUAAUGCUAAAUUUCAACUAAAUAUACUCGUACCUACUUAUAGUAUUUCAUAAUAUGGAACUCGCUUCUUCAAUAGCAUUUAAUAUCACAUCUCAAUGCGAAAACUGACACGAGUUUUCGUAAAUAACCGCCCGUAAGUUUGUUUCGCGUCGUGCCUUUUGAAGUGCCAACAACAGGCGAACAUAGCCGUACGAACAAAAUGUCGGCUUGACUCAUUCGAGUCACGUAUAGUCUUAUUUGUUUGCAUUAACAUGAGCUCGUAAUAUUCUAAGUUGUAUCGACGAAAGAUUUAAGCUUUUAAAUAAUCUCAAUAAUUUAGUGCCAUAACAGUAGUUGUGAUAUUUACCCCUUUUUUUUUUCGAUGAAAAUAAUAAUGUCGCAGUAUUCGUAAAUCUUUUAUCCACCCUCGAAUAUUCUCGAGAUCGUUGUAUUUGUUACACAUUCUUUAAAUGAAUAAUUUUUGGAAGAUUGAGAAAGAUGAAUUAAAAAAAAAUACUUUUCUUCAUGAAUUAAUUAAAACCAUGUUUAAUAAAGCAGUAUUGAAUGGUCUCCAUUAAAGGCCACACCUUUAAAGUUCAGUCGAAAGAAAUGGUAGCACGAAUUUGGUCUGGUCUGAGCGCCCGGCGGGCCCGGCCGCUAUCUAUCGUAACUCGUUAACAUAUUAUAUAAACUCUUCUUAUAGUAUACAUUUACAUAUUAUAUCGUAGUUAUACAUUAUUAGAAAACUUUUAUCGUAGCCAAAUCAAGUGUAGAGUUUUAUUUUAUUUUUAUUAUUAUUUUGUUGCGGUAAUUUUUAGUCCAUAUUGUUAUUUAGUAUUUUAUUUAUACACGUUUAGUUUUAAUCCGUCAGUGGGCUGGUGCGGACGUGUGAUGCCGCCUCUUUAGAAUUUUAUUUAAAAUAUUUAAGUACCAAGUUUUAAUAUUUUUCUGUAUCUUAUAUAAAAAUUUGUCUGGCAUGCAAUAGGAAGGCAGGCCGUGUCCUCUGAUGCCAGAAAGAUGGAAAAAUAAUAAUAUUUCUUUAAAUACCUUGGGACCCGGUGCAUGGCUAGUCAACUUAGCUUCGUAUUUCGAUUGAUUUAUUAAAGCUCAGUCAAAAUAACUUAAGAAGCGCUGGUCGCUAAAGACAAGAGAUAGAAGAGAGAAUUAUGUGGUUUAUAUUUGAUUCGCUAUUUCUGUCGGCAUUAAGACGUUUUUUUAAAUGUAUUUCUGAAAAAAAAAAUUGUUAAUUUUAGUGAUAUUUUCGAGGUGGCAUCGCCUUCCGCUGUCCUUGUUCCACGCUGGCUGUGACCAGUGACGUCACCAGCGCUACGUCGCUGUGACGUCACCGAUUACGCCAGCCAACCUUCGCGCUUGUAUUUGUCAAACUAACAAUGUAAAAACUAAAAAUGUAAUUAGUCCAGUAAUGCUUUGUUUUGAGGCUGGGAUUAGUCUGAUGGGUGUUUCGCACGAAAUACUUAAUUUUUUAUUGUCAGUAUUUUCUUCACUUAUAAAAGACCCUUCACGAUACCUUUUGCGUUUAACGUCCACAAAUGCGAAAUAUUCCGCUUAGACUCGUCCUCAGUCCGUCGCACACUAUUUUUGAGAAGUGACAGUAGCGUGCAUCGUCCUCUGCAAAUAAAAAUGUAUUAAAAGUUCUAUUUUUCCCCUGGGUGAUGGAAUCAUCAGAUAAUAUCCGGCAUAUCUUAAUAUGAAAAGCUUUUUGUAAUAAUUACCAACUAAUAUCAUUAUAAGAAAUAUCGACCGUUCCAAAUAUUUGUAAGUCUCGGUUUAGAUUUUCAGUAAUGAAAUUAAUUGCCUAAAGCCAUACUAAUAUUACGACCUGUUGUUUCCAUCAACCACGACUGACACUUCCUCUCCCGGCCACCCAUCCUGACACCAUCCCUUCCCCCAGGUGCUGACCGCUGUCAAGUGACCGGCCCACUCCACCCCUCGUUAGAUAGUCCAGACUAUUGUACAAAUAUACGUUAACCUAAGUCACUCGGUGUUGUUUUGUGUAAAAUACUUAUCGUUUUAAUUGUAUCAAAUGUUUUAACUAUUGGAAGGAAGCGGGCGCGCCGUCUGAACGGCAGUGUUAUAUCAUUAGGGACACGAAUCUUCCGAUUAGUUGAUGUAGUUUUUCUGUAUAGAGUUUUAUAAUUUAUGAAUAUUUUCUUCGUCUGUGUCGUGUUUAGGUAGAGGUGCUUCCCGAUCGCCAUCGCCGGCCGUCGAUCGAAAUUAUCUCAAGUAACUACUUUAAAACUUUCGCGUUGCAUAAUUAUAUACUAAAGAACAGGUAUUAAACGGGCACAUACCUUUUUUAUUUCCCAGACGUUUCGGAUUUUCUUAGUAACAAGGUCCGUGGUCACUGGGCAACUGACUCAGCAAGCUACGGCGGCGACGUCUGUCCGGUAGAAUCUUCUUCUACCGCCAUAUUCUUUCUCCGCCAAGUACCGUCACAAUACAUACGGAAUAAGGUCACUGAGUGUGUAUAUGUGACGGUACUGGGCGGAGAAACAAUAUGGCGGUAGAUUGCUGAAUGAGUCGCCCGGUGACCACGGACUACGAAAUAAAAAAGUACGUCUAGGAAAUAAAAAAGGUAUGUGCGCGUUUAGUACCUGUUCUUUAAUAGGUAUAUAAUUUCCUCAAGUUUUAAAAAUUACAUGUAAAACAUCGAGCAAGAGGUAUUAGGUUCUUAAUAUGACAUUGAUAGAUGAAAUCUUUAAAACGGAAUAUUUACGAUAGGAUUGCGGGCGAUGGCGAGUGGCCGCAGUGCCGUUAGACCGAUCGUUCAUGAAGUUACGGCGCACCUCACGAUACUUCGGUAGAAGCACGAGAGUUGAUGGAUCUAGUCACAGCUGUUGUGAAUGCAAUACGCGAUGUGUGCGCCUCGCCGCGGCCCGCCGCUCCCGGGUGGCUUCGCGAGAUUCCCUACCAAUUACGUUUAUUUUUUGAAGGUCUGAGGUCCUGCUAUCCUAUAUAUGCAAAGAGAGAUAACAGUGACGCUUGCUAUUUGUCAGUAUGCAUACAGAAGACGAUGCGUGAUAACUUUGUCAACGCAUGACUAGGAAUUUACACCACUUAUCUCAGUUGUUCUUUGUAAUACGUAACGUAAUUGGGGAAAGAAGGGAAAUCUAGAAUGGUACGAGUGAUGCGACGAGAGAAUUAAAACCUAAUAUAUAAGAAAAUAUUGUCUAAAUUCCCUAAAAUUCUGUCGUCGUUUUACUAAAAUGGGAAGCCAUUUUGAAGCGAGGCUGUCGGCCCCGGCUUUCGCCACGACACGCUACGCUGGGUAUCGUUCACAGCUUUAACUAAAUGAAUGUUAAUUAUAGCAAUAUGCAAUUUUAAAGCCUUACUUCGGGAGACACCGUCUUCCCGCGUACUCUAAGAAGACACUAUUAUAUCGGAUUUUUAUAUACUUCUUCAUUUGUUGAGUGCAAUGUUAUGUAUGUGUGUUAGACUAAGAUAGAUACACAUUUUUUUUCUAAGCAUUCUCUUUAUAUCUUAUCUCUACCUAUUGUCCCAGAGCUGUUUGUAUUAUUUAGUACACAAAGAUCUGAACCAACAUCUUUGGAUUACACAGAGCGGUCGCGCAAGACUUAUUGAGAAUAUAGAGAUUAUACUUGUACUGUUGUAAUCACAGAAGUGGCCAGAAGUUUAUAUAGUAUGUACCAUCUUGCAACGUCAAGUUAUAUGGGGCUCUGAAUCCUAAGAUGCACAGUUUAUUUUCGCUUGACUUUGUAAGACGGCACGCGGCGUGGCUACGUCGAGGACUACGUUGUAACCGAGUUAGUGACCACUUCCGAGAACGUUAUAUACGUACGGACGUCCUUUUGGUAGAACAAAUCAUAGUUUACGUAAUGUUAUCUUUGCAGAGAUUACCUUGUGUGGAGACUUGUGUAUGGAAGUCAGUUUAAAACUAGAUCAUGUGUCUCCGCUUGUUGACUACACAAUUCAUUUAUUAGGUAUUAAGUUUUGUAAGAUAUGUUCAAUCAGAUCUAUUACAUUAGUAUAUUUUUUGAUAAUUCUGUUUUACUAUAUUCUGUUCGAAAAUUGAGCAAAUAGUUAUUUCUACUCUUUUUCAACAAUUCAAAUGGCAAUAAGAAUGACUUUCUUUAAAGCAUUUUUCAUAUUGUAAUGAGGAAAAAAUAUUUUAAAAAUUUGAAACUUAUGAUUUUGUUUGAGAAUUCAGUGUUAAAAAAUAAAAAGUGGUAUAAUACUUGUAGUAUUUUAGGUUUCCUUCCACAGCUCUGGGAGCUAUUGUUCGUCCAGUCAUAGUGUCAUGUGAGUUGGCGUCCGCCUGUACUACCAGGGCUGCCAACACUUCAUCCAUUUGUUCCCAUCAGUAGGUAGCGUGUCCUAAUUAAGUCUAUUCUAAAGUGAUUCAUAAGUUUUAUUAAAUUUUAAAUUUCAGUGAA